AUGACGUUGGCCCUUGGCACACCAUACCCAUAUCCCCAUCCAACGAUGCCUCCACAGAAGCCACCCUGCGGUUCGUACGGUCAAGAACCGUGCGCUUUCGUCCCUGCACCUAAAGGAAUGACUCCUAAAUGCGUCACUCCCGGAGCGACAUUUUGUGAAGCGAAUCCCGACUAUCCCGCUUACCUCAUCAAACACCUGGUAGAGUCACUUGGCUAUCAGCGCAUCGUAGCGAACGAAGAACGCAUCGAUUUCAGCGCCAACAAACCAGUAGAAGAGGAGGAACACCUUCACCAUCAUUACCAUCACUUUUACGGUUCGUUCAGCCCGAUGGAGCCAGCUAAACCGAGCAGCAAACCGGCAGCUCCGGGACCGGCGUAUGGUUAUCUCGCACCGGUUCAACAAAUGCUUGGAUCGAUGAACUACGAGCAUAAACGCCCGGCACCGAUUCCACAGCCCAUCUACAUUCCAAAACCUCGCCAUUCGUACCACUACAACACGCACGCACGAGCACCAUUAUACAACCGACCGGCCGCUUCCGGUUCCGGUGGUCAAGGGUAUUAUUAUCCUUCCCCAGCAGGAUCAGCUCCAGUUCCGGCAACGGCACCGGUGACGCAGUACAGCCCGGCGGAUUGGCUUAAACGUUUUGCACGGGAUCUCUCGGACAAACAUCAGCGUGAGGUUCGUCUGGGGGCGCUUAGGAGAGCUGAUGAGUCGGUUAACCUGUUCGACUCGGAACCGGCUCCCUUUCGGCGUCCAGCGGUGUUGAAUGAAACCACGUACGAGCGGGUGUUGGCGAAAAAUCGACCUAAACGGCAGACAGAGCAGGUUCGAGAGACGUUGUGCAGCGUUCGGGAGCGGUACAUCACGCCGCAGACGGCACUGAACACGAAAGGAAACUGGAUGUUUGUAGUAAAUCAGGAAAACUCGAGGCAGCUCGUCAAAACCGAAAUCUGUGCGUCAACGGAGUGCUCCAACCUGUGCAGCUUUCCCGUCGGUUACAGCUCCCGGUGCGAGCAGAGGUACGUCCAGAAGCGCCUGUUAACGCUGGACCCAAGCGGUCAGACACUCUACGUUGACACGUAUUGGUUCCCGAGCUGUUGCGUGUGUUCGUUGUACGCGGGAAAUUAA